CAACCCAAUCCAUCAGCGGCUAGAUCGACUGCGCCCCUUUUAUCCCUUUGUUUUAUUUUCUUAGUUCAGUUUAUCUGGAUUAAGAAUGCUUUUAGUUGUCUUAUUCGGGCGUAUCGGAUGCUACCCAUGCUUCAUAUCUCUGCUGUUAAUUUACGAAGAAUUAUGUCCAGCUAAAUGCUAAUGGUUUAUCUGCCCUUUGGGUUUUUGGAUGGAGAAAAGUCAAAUUGAAGUGUUGUUUAUCUGACUGAUCAGACACUGGUUAUCCUCGAGAACUGGGAAUUUAUCGAUGUGCCUCUUUAGUUCUCAAUUCUGCUUUUGCCAAAUGUGUGUAUGUUUUAUUUGAAGGGUGAAACAUUUUGUGUAAAUGUAAUACCAUCUCUUACUCUUAUUAUAAAUUCAAACCUUAAGACCUACCGCUGCAAUAUCUGAAUAGCUCAGAGCCUUUACUUAUCCAGCAAGUGUUGUUGGCUCUUUCCCCAUGGAGAAAGGAGUGCCAUCUAGCCUUUUUGUUAACGAUGGUUCCUUUAUGGAGAGGUUUAAACAGCUUCAACAACAGAAGGAUGUAAAAGACAAGGCUGCAGCUUUAGAAGAAUCUAAACCCCCCAAAUUUGUAAAAGGGUCUUCAGCUUCCAAACCUGCCAUUGCCCCUAACAAAAUAGCCAUGGAAUGUAAGUCCAGUGAUUCACAUAAGACCACCCAAAUUUCUUCCGGAGGCAAACUUGCAUUCAGCUUGAAGCAGAAACCAAAGCUCGUGGCACCUCCUCUCAAGUUGGCUGCAGAUGAUGAGGAGGAGGAGGACCAAGCUGCAGGGAAGUUUUCAGAUGACAGACCGCUUAAACGGAAAAAGUUGGGUCUACCAGAUGCCUCUGGACAAGGAUAAAAAAAGUGGAUGGUGUGACGUGCAGCACCACCUUCCCCAACCGAUCCUAUUGUGAAGAAAGUUGCAGACAAACUAGCAAGUUUUGGCAAAAAUGGAUGGCGGUUUGAACAUGUUACACGUCAGAAAAACCCUGGAGACACCCUUCAAGUAGGUUCCUUUUCGACAAGCUGUUCUGAUUACAAAUACUAUGAAUACCGGCUUGCUGAAGAGGAAAAAGCUCUUUUACAGAACAAGGAAUCGCAAAGUGGUGGUACUGGCAUUUCAGCUUCAAAGUCUAAGAGCAGCUCCUGUAGAUCAGUUCUGCAGCAAUCAAGCUAUCGAACGCCUGCCUCUGCUUUGUAUGAGAACAAUGAGGAGCCUAGAUCUUCUGUGACAUCAGUAGGAAAAUCAAUUGCAGGUCCAUCCAGUGCACCACCAGCCGCAGAUCCAAUAACAAUGAUGGAGUUUUACAUGAAGAAGGCUGCUGAGGAAGAGAAGAUGAGACUGCCUAAGCAGCCUAAAGAUGAGAUGCUGCCACCUCCUCCUCUUCAAGAUGCUCCUAUUAAGAAAGGUCAUCACAUGGGUGAUUAUAUCCCACCCAAAUAGCUUGAAAAGUUCUUGGCUGCCUGCAAUGAUGCUGCCGCAUGAAAGACUGCUAGGGAAACUGCGGAGAAGGCAAAGAUUCAAGCUGAUAAUGUUGGGCAUAAACUCUUAUCAAUAGGUUGGAAAGAAGGGGAGGGAUUAGGAAGCUCUAAAAAUGGUAUUUCAGAUCCAAUAAUGGCUGGUGAUGUAAAGAUUGCUCAUCAUCCAGGAGAGGUGACUCCAUAUGAUGAUAUAUACGAGCAGUAUAAGAAGCGGAUGAUGCUUGGUUAUCGAUAUAGACCAAAUUCACUGAACAAUCCUCGAAAAUCAUACUAUUACUUCAUGGAACCACUGGGAGGCUCAAGGCGGCUGUGUUUCAAUAGAAAGAAAGCAUAUGCUCAACUCGGUAGUUGUUUCUUCCUUUUUUAAGAAAAGGUUGCCAUUUGAUUAGGGCGGGGUCUUUGAUUUGCUUAUUUGAACACAUAAAAGCACAUCUCAUUAUCCCAAAAUUGUCAUUAGCAGAUUCUUUGUUCAUUUGAAAAAGUCUGUCUCAAUGGGAAAAACGUUUGUUAAUUUUACGUA